AGGGAGACAACUCGGUCGCGUUGGGGAUCUGAAUCUACCACAGGAUUAGGCACUGGUAGCAGGAAAGGCAGUAUAUUCGACGAGAUCGACCAGAGCAACCAUCUAGGUCUGAUUAGACGACAUGAGAUCCAUUCGCUAGAUGAUCUGGAGCAAGUUAGAGAUAGACGGAAACGGGGUGAGCGGUAAGUGAUGUUAUAUACUGUUCCUUUGGGUUGGUCUGACGGGUUCACCGGUAGAUACUUGCGAUCCGCUUUAUCGAUGAUCGGCACACUUGCAACGGAUAUCACCCGCAGGCUCGACUAUACUUACUAUAAUCUACUGGAAAAACUCGCUGCUUUACACACCACGAUUGCUUCAUUCCAAGAACUCUCUGACUCGACAUCGGAACUCUUCAAUUAUUUUGAACGGGAGACCACUGCCUUGGACCAGGACAUUCGGAAGCAGAUCGGGGAGCUCAAUGGCUUUCAGCAUCAGACGCAGAAGAUCGAGGCCCUGGAAGAACGUAUGAAGAUGGGAAGAAUGAGGGCUGAAGUGCUCAGCCGUAGACUUGAAGAGAUGCGGAAAGAGAUUGACUGCUGGGAGAGGGGAGAGGCUGAGUGCCAAAUACGGAUCAGUCGCCGCCUUCGUAUCUUUUGGUUAGUGGUCUCAGCAGGCAUAUUCGUUCUCACCAUAGUUCUCAUCGCCCAAAACUGGAUCACUGUAGAGCCGCCGGACUCCUACAUAAUUUCACAAGCAGCGACCAUGACCAACGGCUCUACAGGAACACUUGUACACGAACAGGAGAAUGGGAUGUAUCAGCUGCCCACGGAAGUCCAUGGAGAUAUGUUUAUGCCGUCUUUGUCUCCAUCAAAGCUGAUAUCCCGCCACGAUACCCGCCACUCUCCUGGCCCGGCAACACCAACGUCUGCUAACCGUGAGGACACGGGACCUACUGACCGAGAUCCUUUAAGAAUAUUCGACGAACUGUGACGGGCGACAUAUCUAGAUCUAACGGGACAUACCUUGCUUGUCAAAGCCAGCCUUGAAUUCCUUUAACAGCUUAUCAUGAUUGUCUUUAUAUUAUCGACAUGAUACCCAACAUGCAACAAUAAAUUUGCGUAUUAUGCAUAUCCGCUGUGCACCCGAGAUAGUUCCACCAUUCGUUAACUGCCCCCCUUCUUUUUCUUGUCCU